CUAUACACUGAAGCUUCCUCCUCUCUCCUCUCUCCUCUCUCCUCUCUCUACACUCUCUCUCCCUUUUCUUCUUCUUCUUCUUCUUAUUCAGUCAUAUAUGCAUUGUUUUACUGGUAUUCCAUUAUCGUCUCUUUAGGCGCUUUCUUUCCCUGAGUUUAACCGGAAUGAAGUGAGAUCGAGUAGAACUGGGCUGGUGAUGGCAUUAUUUCAUCUCCGGUCACAAAGCUAGCGGGGUAGAACUGUAUAGUAUGUGAUUAAAGCGGGCAGAUCAAGAUAGAUCAGCGGAUGGAAGUUGAAUGUGCGUGGGCUUUACUUUAAAGGAUUGCGAUUGUUCUUGAAAAAACUAGAAAUUAAAUAUCAGAAUUCUUCUCUUCUCUCUCUGCGAUGUGUGUAUAGUAUAGAUGUUUCUGUACACACACGUAACAAGAUACACGCAUUCUUCUGCGUAGAUAGAUAGUCUAUAUUCUGUAUACCGUUUUCUGGUUGUUGUUCGUUUGGUUGCUGUGACGAGAAGUGGAUAGGUAUCAUUGUGAAGUAGUUAGUGGAGGUAAUUAUAGAGGGGAAAAAAUAAAAAAAAAUAAAAAGGAAAAGGAAAAGUUAUUGAUGGCGUAUCAGAAUCAGUUGUCACAAGAAAUGGCGAGCUUACAGCAUUUCUCAGAGCAGCAGCUGGGAGAAAAUUCGUCGGUAUUGCGGACUAUACUUCCGCAACAGCUAGGAGGUCAGUCGUCGCCGACCGGAAAGCCGGCGGAGAGCCAGCAGCAGCAGGCGCCGCCACCGACGUGGCUCAACAGCGCAAUUCUGCGGCAACAAAGUCAGUAUGUCGGUGACGGCUCUGGAGGCAGCGGGGAAGGGAAUUUCCUAAAUUCUCACAGCAACUCCGAGUCCUCGGCGGCGGCGGCGGCGUCGCAGGCCUCGAAUCAGUGGCUCUCGAGGUCAAUUCUGCAGAGGAACGUCAGGGACGACGUGCCGGUAUCGAGAGAUUCGAUGAUCGCCGCGGCGAUUAUGCACGAAUCGGCGGCCGAUUUGAACGCCAACGACGACGACGACGUCAAAAAUAUCGGCAACAAUGACAACCACGGUGGAGCUGCAGGCGGCGAGUUGGGCGAGAGUGAAGUCGUCGGCGGCGGCACAGGAAUCGUGAACUGGCAAAAUGCCAGGUACAAAGCCGAAAUUUUAGCGCAUCCGUUGUAUGAGCAGUUAUUAUCAGCACACGUGGCGUGCUUGCGAAUCGCAACUCCAGUGGAUCAACUCCCGAGGAUUGACGCCCAGCUUGCACAAUCUCAGCAAGUCAUUGCAAAGUACUCAGCUCUCGGACAUGGAAAUCUCGGAGACGACAGAGAGCUCGAUCAAUUCUUGACCCACUAUGUCUUGCUGCUUUGUUCUUUCAAAGAGCAACUGCAACAGCACGUGCGCGUUCACGCCAUGGAAGCAGUUAUGGCAUGCUGGGAAAUCGAGCAGUCUUUACAAAGCUUAACAGGAGUGUCUCCAGGAGAAGGAACAGGUGCAACUAUGUCAGAUGAUGAAGAUGACCAGGUGGAUAGUGAUGCCAACCUGUUUGAUGGAGGAGGUUUAGAUGGUACAGAUAGCCUGGGAUUUGGUCCUCUCAUUCCAACGGAGAACGAAAGGUCAUUGAUGGAGCGCGUAAGGCAGGAGCUGAAACAUGAACUAAAACAGGGUUACAAGGAGAAGAUUGUAGACAUUAGGGAAGAAAUUCUCCGCAAGCGAAGGGCUGGAAAACUUCCUGGUGAUACCACAUCUGUCUUGAAAGCUUGGUGGCAAUCACAUGCCAAGUGGCCAUACCCAACUGAGGAAGACAAGGCUAGGCUAGUGCAGGAAACAGGGCUGCAACUAAAGCAGAUAAAUAACUGGUUCAUCAAUCAGAGAAAGAGAAACUGGCACAGCAACCCUUCCUCUUCUACAUCUUUGAAGAGCAAACGCAAAAGGUGAAGAAAACUAAAGAAGUCAACCAGUCAGGUGAUUGCUGCAGCUUGUGGGUAAUCCAGAUUUACUUUGAUGACUAGCAUAGCAUGGAGUUGAAGCCACAAGAUAAGAAACACUACUGAUAGAUGUACGUAGAUAUAUAUGCUCAGGUGACAUUUUGCAGAGAUGGAAUGGAAGCAUGCUUUUUGCAAGUUCUAAUAGCUACAAGUUAAUAGAUACAUCAUAUAUAUAUAGUACCAAAACUGGGUUUGGGAUGGGUGUUUCCGAAAUCUCAUUUUUGUUGUCCUAUUUUCAACAUUUGUUAGUUGUAGGGAUAGUAGGGUAUGGGGGUGGGGGUGUACAGUUCAAUAAUCCAUUGUAUGACUUUGGAUACAAUUAUCAAUUCAGAAGUAUGAAUCUAGUUUUGUAAGUGCACUAUGAGAAUAUUUUAACUUAUAGAUAAUUUUUGUUGUAGUUUCUUCGGUGGUCACGCAAACUACAGUGUUGUGUGAAAUUGUGAAUUAUACACGCAGCAUGUAUUUAUGUACAAA